AAACUUUCGAAAGCCACAACUGAAUGGAACGCCGAUGAAAUUACAGAUUAAAGAUGAAUUGCCAUCACUAGAAGCCCUGGCGCCAUGUACUGCAGAUUUACCUAUUCCAUUAAGCGAUGGUUAUUGGAAGAACAGAUCUGUAUUUGUGCCUCUUGUAUGCAGAAGUCAGCAGUGGACGAAACAACAGGCAGCCAUAUGUCUAGGUGAUAAACAACUCAUUCUUUGUGGUGAUUCCACAAUAAAGCAAAUACGAAAAGCUAUAAAAACAGUUUUUGAUAUCAAUGAUAUUGUCUUUCAAUUCGUGUACCCAAGAACUGGAAAUAUUGUAGUUGAAUUUAAAACAGGUGUUUUAGAGAGUGAUUUACUGGAUAGGAUUUCUCAAAAUAAUUGUUCUACAGAAAACUAUGUAAUCGUUUUAAAUUUUGCAUUUCAUUAUGGUGCUUUCACAAACCGAGCAUUCUUAGAAAGAAUAUAUCAUGCAAAAUUGGCUGUUCAGCGUCUAAUGUUAAGGUGUCCCACUUCAAAAAUUGUAAUCAAACUUGCGCAUCCACGUGAUAAUAACGUAUUUAUCGAACAAACUAUACACAGUGCCAACUGGGUCUUCUAUGACAUGAACAGAAUGAUACGUCGGGUGUUUGGCGGUAUUGGAGUGCAUUUUCUAGAUAUAUGGGAUAUGGUUUCGUCGUCGUUUGAGGACAACAAUGUUCAUAUGCCUCAUAGCGUCAUCGUUCAAGAGGUGUAUCUAAUGCUAUCCUAUAUAUGUCCCGAGCUAGUCGUGUCAAGCUAA